GAACAGACAGGUUUUGGCUUGAACUCAGAUUUAAAAAAAUGACCAGUCAUCACUGUUUUCAACCCUGCUUGAAACUAUUGAACUCAUCACCUGGCAUCUCUGGUAAAAGGUUAUGAAAAUAAUUCAAAAGAAAAAAGGCUGUAAAUAUAACAAAAGCGAUGGCGUCCAUAAAUUCAAUGAAUUUUCAUGAAAUUAAUAUUCAAAGUCUAGAGAAAAUUGAAAAUUUCUUCAAUGAUUCCGCUUACAAAGAAGUGAUCGAAAACAGUGAAACGUUUAACACUCGAUUAUGCAUCGAAAGACGAUUGAGAAUGCCUUUUCUGGAUCCUCAAACGGGUGUCGCACAGUAUCAUUCGACUUUGUUUAUGAAAGCAAGGCAACGAAUUCCCGGAUUAAAAGAAGGGCAAGUAUACAGCUAUCCGGCUUCUCGUUGGAGAAAAUCUCGUCGACAGUAUUUACUUCAAAAGCAACAUCCGCCGUUCCCGACGUAUACUCACAGACCAUUCGGCCAUUUACAAAGCACGUAUGAUUCUGAAAAUUCGAAUUUAGAUUCGGCUACUCCUUCACUUAUUGAAGGCGAAUGCAAGGAACACAAAGAUGAAUCUGGAAAGGAUUGGUAUUAUGAAGAUAUGGAUAUGCAUGAUAUGGAAUCAUAUGAUGAUCAUGAAUUACCUGAUUCAGAUUGUGACUUCGAAGAAAGCUAUGGCACUCGAAAAAAGAAAAGUAGGAGUAAUAAAAGUGGAUUAGGUUCAUCUAAAAUUAAAUCCAACUCAAGUGAUCUCAACACAACACGCAGAGGGCGUGGAGCUGGAAGGGGUCGUGGAAGAAAAUCUCAAAGUGUUGGUGACAGCCCCAGUACUAAGGAAAGCGGGGAUAGUUGUAAAAAAAGUCGCACACAUCCUUACUUAUCUCCGCAAAAUAGUUCCUCUCCCUUAACGCUACCAUCUGAGGAACCGCUAAUGCCAGUAUUGAUCCCUGAGUCAAAACAAGAAGAUCAUGAUGAAAAACUGUUCAAAGCUAGUACUUCUAUGAACAAUACUCCAUCACCUAUCAUUACUAGUGCUGUAGCUUCUAUUCCGGGACCAGCACAAGAAAAGGGUAGGGCUAUUCCUUCACCGUACUGUGAUUUUUGUCUUGGUGAUGCACGCGAGAAUAAAAAAACUUUCGAACCAGAGGAACUAGUGUCAUGCUCGGAUUGUGGUCGCUCUGGACAUCCUACAUGCUUGCAGUUUACAGCUAAUAUGAUUAUUUCUGUACGUAAAUAUAGAUGGCAAUGUAUUGAGUGCAAAUAUUGUACCAUUUGUGGCACAUCUGAUAAUGAUGAUCAGUUGUUAUUCUGUGAUGAUUGUGACCGAGGAUAUCAUAUGUAUUGUUUAUCACCACCACUCAUUUCACCACCAGAAGGUUCCUGGAGCUGCAAGCUGUGUACGCAAGAAUUCCAUAAGAAAUAAGCUGUAUCAAGGAAAAUUUAAUGCAAACUGAAGGAAUGGAUAACUCAUCUUUAUUUCAUGUAGAAUAUUGCUCGAGCCACUGUAAUACCACCGCUCAUAUAAAGGACAACCUGGAAGGAGUAAGAUAUACUACUAAAUCCAGCGAGACAUAGAAUGCAUUAAAUAUUGCACAAUUAUAUUGUGUGGAUGAAUAUAUUUCGAUGUAAAAUUCUUAAAUCUUAUACAACAUUCAAGAUAAUCCUGUUUAAGAAAUAAAACAAUUUAGU